CCCACAGACGCACAGCGGCAGCGCAGCUUUCACCCACAAUGAUAUUCAAGGCACUUGCGGCUCGUCUGCAGCGAUAGGAGAAAAGAGGACAGAAAAGAGAGCCUCACCUCCUCUAACAGCGAGUGAGGUAGGGAAAAGAGUCAGAGAGCGAGAGGAAGACGAGAGGCUGUGGAGUUAAAAGAAAGACAACGGCGGCUUGGACCUCCUGCCAGGACUCUUUAAUUGUCUGCGCUUUAUUAUAAAGUGUCUAAUUUUCACACAGAUUCGACAUGUCAUCAUCCGGUAAAGACAACAGCGGUGCCCAACACGCCAAUUACGUGGGACCUUACCGUUUGGAGAAGACGCUCGGAAAAGGACAGACAGGGUUGGUCAAACUUGGAGUCCACUGUGUAACAUGCCAGAAAGUCGCCAUUAAGAUUGUGAACCGUGAGAAACUCAGCGAGUCAGUACUAAUGAAGGUGGAGCGAGAAAUAGCUAUUCUGAAGCUCAUAGAACACCCACAUGUUUUAAAGCUACACGAUGUCUACGAAAAUAAAAAAUACUUGUACCUCGUGCUAGAACACGUGUCUGGUGGUGAACUGUUCGACUACUUGGUGAAGAAAGGCAGGUUAACACCUAAAGAGGCCAGGAAAUUUUUCAGACAAAUCAUGUCUGCCUUGGAUUUUUGCCACAGUCAUUCCAUAUGUCACAGGGAUCUAAAGCCAGAGAACCUCUUGCUAGAUGAAAAGAACAACAUCAGGAUAGCAGACUUUGGCAUGGCUUCCCUUCAGGUUGGCGAUAGUUUGUUGGAAACCAGCUGUGGAUCUCCACACUACGCAUGUCCAGAGGUCAUCAGGGGAGAGAAGUAUGACGGGAGGAAAGCAGACGUCUGGAGCUGUGGGGUCAUUCUUUUUGCUCUGUUGGUGGGCGCCCUACCGUUUGAUGAUGACAACUUAAGGAAUCUUUUGGAGAAGGUGAAGCUGGGUGUGUUUCACAUGCCACACUUCAUCCCUCCAGAUUGUCAGAACCUUCUCCGUGGCAUGAUUGAAGUGGAUGCCUCUAAAAGAUUAACGUUAGAACAGAUCCAGAAGCACACAUGGUACAUAGGAGGCAAAAAUGAACCAGAGCCAGAGCAGCCAGUUCCCAGGAAGGUGACCAUCCGCAGCCUGCCCUCUGCAGAAGAUAUCGACCCCGACGUACUGGACAGCAUGCACUCUUUGGGCUGCUUCAGAGACAAAAACAAAUUACUGAAAGACCUGCUCUCAGAUGAUGACAACCAAGAGAAGAUGAUCUACUUCUUGCUAUUGGAUCGAAAGGAGAGGUACCCUAGUCAGGAGGACCAGAAUCUUCCCCCUCGCAAUGAGAUUGAUCCUCCGAGGAAGAGAGUGGACUCUCCCAUGUUGAAUCGUCAUGGCAAGAGGAGACCAGAGAGGAAGUCCAUGGAGGUCCUCAGUGUCACGGACGGAGGCUCACCUGUCCCGGCCAGGAGGGCUAUCGAUAUGACACAGCAUGGACAAAGUAAAUCAGUUUACAGUAAAAGCUUGGAUAUUCCUGAUGCCAGUACAAAAUGCAGCAAAGAAGAAAGGUCGCGGUCUAUUAGUGGAGCCUCCUCUGGUCUCUCCACCAGCCCGCUCAGCAGCCCACGGGUUACCCCUCACCCUUCCCCUCGAGGCAGCCCCCUCCCCACCCCAAAGGGCACCCCAGUGCACACUCCCAAGGACAGCCCAGCUGGGACACCUACUCCAACACCGCCCCCAAGCCCCUCUAUUGGAGGCAUGCCUUGGAGGACGCGCCUCAACUCCAUCAAGAACAGCUUCCUGGGCUCACCACGUUUCCAUCGCAGGAAACUCCAAGUUCCCACACAAGAGGAGAUGUCCAGCCUCACACCAGAGUCUUCCCCAGAACUUGCCAAAAAAUCCUGGUUUGGUAACUUCAUCAACCUGGAAAAAGAGGAACAGAUCUUCAUUGUCAUCAAAGACAAACCUCUCAGCUCAAUCAAGGCAGACAUCGUUCAAGCCUUUCUCUCGAUUCCCAGCCUGAGCCACAGUGUCAUCUCUCAGACCUCUUUUCGAGCAGAGUACAAGUCAACAGCCGGCCCCACAGUCUUCCAGAAGCCGGUGAAAUUUCAGGUGGAUAUCACCUACACAGAGAGCACAGCUGCCACUAAGGAGAAUGGCAUCUACUCUGUAACCUUCACCCUGCUCUCAGGACCCAGCCGACGCUUUAAACGAGUAGUGGAGACGAUUCAGAGCCAGUUGUUAAGCACACACGAUCAGCCUGGGGUCCAACAGCUUUCCGACGAGAAGAAUGGACAGGUGCCCUACCCCCCUGGCACGCCCUCCAAGCACUGCCCCUCACCCAUGCACGUCCGGAGGCAUGACCCAGAAAAUAAUGACACCAAAUUCCCCGCUGCAGGCCGAGACAGAGCCCACUUGUCGGUGGCAUCUGUGGGGACACCAGAGGAAUCUUAGACCGUGGCGCUUUGUAGCCAUCCCAGUAUCACUUUAAGCCAGAGACACAGAGAGAAUAUGCUAUCUGUACAUAGCUAGAUAUAUAUAUAAAUCAUUUAUGGACAUCUUUUCUAUAAAAUGACUUUAUAUAGAUAGAAAUAUAUUAAAAGAAUCAAAGUGAUAUUUUGCAAACAACAUGUUGCACCAACACAACAGACACACACCCUUGCCAUUCCACUCCCCUUUCCAUUACCCCUCAGUGUCCACCAUCAUUACCACUCCUGUACCCUAACCAUCUAAUCACCUGUGGGCCUCAGUUGUUUGCUCCCAUGCUGCUGCUAACCUGUGUGAUGACCUGACUUGUUUCUGAUACCAGGAAUUAUCCAGAAAACCUAUUAAAGUCCAUCCUCCUGCUCCCUGCUCCAUUCGCCCUCCCUCGACCACCCCUCCACACCCCUCCAGCGUGCCAAGAGAGACGGACAAUUGUUGACGGAGGACUCUUCUUAUAGCGGUGUGCUGGGGGAGGGGUUACCAUGGAAACAGACCCUUCAUGCAGACUUCUACCUUCAUCUUCCUCUGCACCCCGACUCCACCCCUGGCAGCCAUCAGUAGAAGUAGACAAAAAAAAAAAUCCUGUAGUGUUCUUGUUCUUAGAAACACACAAGCACACACAUCCCAAUAAAAACAAGACCACUCGCUCCCCUCACCAGCUAUCACCGUUCUCUGACCUCAAGGAGCAUUUGCUAAUUGGAAAACGAGCAUUAUUCAAAAACACUACAGACGCCACAUACACAAAACAUACACGCACAGAUCCAAUAUGCACAAAAACUCUGGGAUGUAUCAACAAUGAUGGACAACAUUUUAAAAAA